CUUCAGUUUUUGCCGAUCUGCUGCUGCAAUGAAAAGUCUUGGACAUAUAAAAAGAUGCGUAGUUCUAAACGAAUUUUGAAAUAUUAUACUCUCGUUGAUGUAUUGUAGUAUGAUUUAAUGUACUCAAAACAUAAACGCAAAGGAAAUGGCGGUCCACAGACUAAAAAAACUACAUAUACUUCCGAUUGCAAAAACUUAACUGUCGUCAGAAGUGUCACUUUUAACUGUUAGCAGAAACGCUAUUCGAUAAAAAUAACUGCAUUAAAUAUGGUAUGAAAAGUGUAAAAAUUUAUUUUAACACAUAAUAAUGAUUUUAAGUUUUAGGCACAGCCAGUGUUUUACAUACGUGUGGGUGUAUAUUUGCAAAAUUGAAUUAUAAUUAAGAAUAUAUAUAUUCAAAUUUUCACAAUAUUUCAUACCAAAUGGCGAACCAAUAUUAUUAGCCAAGUCAUACACCAGCAACCAACAUUUUGGCAACUCACAAUAAAAAUGACACUAGAUGUCGCGCUUAUAUAUCAACAAGUGUCUAAUUUUGAAAAAAAAAAAAUAAGAAGAAAAAAAUUUACAAAAAAUUAAUUUAAAAUUGUCUAAAUUGAACACGAACAUAAUAAUUUGUAAAAAUUGGAGUAAAACGUUGCUAGAAAUUCAGCAAAUGAUUGCAUGAUAAUUGUAACAUUCGCGGAGUGCAUAAACAAAUAAAGCGUGAAAAGCUAUACGGACUUUGAGCAACACAAUAACGCUGAUCAAAGUAGAGCAAUGCAGUUUGUAGCACGUCGCGCUGUCUUGAAUUUGACUAAAAACGCACUGCAAACGUCGUUGAAGGCAGGCUUACCCAGCGCAAGCGUUGCAGCUCAGCAAAAUGUCCUUGAUAAGCGUUUUUAUUCAGUUUCUGAAGGCCCACAGAAACAAAAUUUACUACGUUAUCCAGCAUUUCCGCUAAAGGAUACUUUGGAGAAGUUCAUGAAAACUGUGGAGCCGCUUUUAAGUGCAUGUGAGCUGAUCGAAACAAAAGAAGCGGUGAAAAAGUUCGAAACCGGUGAAGGUGCUGAAUUGCAAGCGCUUUUGGAAAAAGCCGCCAAAUGUGAACAAAAUUGGUUAUCACGUCGUUGGCUGCAAACAGCUUACCUACAAUAUCGUGACCCAGUCACCGUUUACGUUAGUCCGGGCAUGAGUUUUCCACAACAAAAAUUUGAGAAUGAGGAAGAAUUUUUAAACUAUGCCGUCAAAGUGAUAUACAGUUUGGCACGCUACAAGCAAAUUAUUGAUGCUGGUCAAAUACCAAUUGUGAAAAUGGGUAAAUAUGAGCUGGACAAUUCGCAAUUUAGCAAAGUAUAUGGCACAUGUCGUAUACCACAAAAGGGUGAGGACACAUUGGAGUACAAUCCAAAGUCAACACAUGUGGUUGUGAUUUAUAAAAAUCAUUUUUACAGUUUGCCAAUUUACAACUAUAAAGGCGUGGUAUUGCAUCCGGAUGUGUUGUUGGCGCAAAUUAAAAAAAUAAUCGCGACAGAAAAGAAAAAGGGCAUCGAAUUCGGCAUAUUAACAACCGAUAAUCGGGAUAAUUGGGCGCAGGCCUAUGAGGAACUGAUUAAAAUCGAUGGUAAUAAGGAACGUGUAAAAACUAUACAAAGUGCCUUAUUUACGGUAUCGCUGGACGAGUGUGUUGAGGUUAAAGAUGAGCAGUUUUUCAAUGAGUUAAGUGGUCAGUUAAUACAUGGCGGUGGAUCUCAUGUUAAUACCGCUAAUCGUUGGAUGGAUAAAACUAUACAAUUGAUACUAAAUCGCAAUGGUAUGAGUGGUUUCUGUUAUGAACAUUCACCGGCUGAGGGGCAACCAAUUGCCAAUAUCACCGAUUACGUGUCAAAGAAUUUAUUCAAUGAAAAACACUAUGACGGCAGUGCUCGUGAUAAUUAUCCGUGUGCCGCUAAGCUUCCGCUAAAAAGCAACAACACCUUAAACCGUUAUAUUGAAAAAGCGCGGAAAAAUGUAAAUGAAUUGGCUGAAAAUUUACACGUAAAUGUUAUACAUUUCCAAGACUAUGGCAAAGGUUUCUUGAAACAACAAAAACUUAGUCCGGACAGCUACAUACAAAUGGCAUUGCAAUAUGCCUACUACAAGCUACAUAAAGUGCCAGCCGCGCAAUAUGAGUCUGCACAUUUGCGCAUUUACAUUAAUGGACGCACCGAAACCAUACGCUCAUGCUCCAAUGAAUCUGUCGCCUUUGCCAAAGCCAUGUUGGAUGAAUGCGUCGAUAAUAAGAAACGUGUCGAGCUGUUGCGUGCCGCUAUAAACGGUCAUCGCGCGUACACCACAAAUGCGUUGCAGGGUAAAGGUGUGGAUCGUCAUUUGUUGGGCUUGAAACUGAUGGCUAUUGAGAAUAAGAAACCAAUACCGGAAUUCUUCAAAUCCCCCGGUUAUGUGAAGAGCUUAAUAUUUCGCAUGUCAACAUCACAAGUGGCCACACCUAAUUUGGCCUUCAUGUCUUACGGUCCAGCUACGGACGAUGGUUAUGCUUGCUGCUACAAUCCACGUGAGAAUGAUAUGAUUUUGGCGUGCUCUUGUAGGCGUAAUAACCACACAACCGAUGUGGAUACUUUUACGUGCGUGUUGCGCGAAGUUUUGCUUGAAAUGCAAUGUAUAUUGACAGGUACUGGCUCAGCACCAGCUGCAAAAUUAUAAAUUGUGAUAGCAGCAAUUUGGAUUUGAAAGUUUGCCGAAAGUUCUCAGUUAUUUUGUUAAACAAAAUUUAAGUGCCUUCACGUUUGCAAAACAUUAAUUAUUAUUUUUUAUUUCAAUAAAAUUAAUCACGGUGAAACUUUUUUAAAAAUACAAAUAUUUUAACGACUUUUAAUUUUGAAACAUAUGUGAAUUGUGUAUAUGGUCUAUCUAAAAAAGUCGCUGCUGUAACCGAUUAUUACAUUUAAUAAUUUUAUUAUGAUGCUUACAUUAUGGCUGUACAAAAAUGUCUCUUUGAAAUAUUUGAAUGCGAUAUUGUA